GUGUUCGGAUGCGUUGCUUCUGCUUGAAUAUAAUUGUAAAGGCGCAACAGGUUGGAGUACCUUUGAUAUUUCAUAACAUUGAAUCUGGGCUUUGAACGAGUAUAUACGUACGCUUUUUUCAUUUUUUUUUCCUUCAUAAUUAACUCUUUGAAGCUUUUGUAAGAUGACGGUUGAUUUCAUAUCAGGUUGUUGUUUACUUUUUCGUAGUGUUUCAACAAAAAUGAUUGUAGACCUUUAUCGGAAUCGUGCAAGUUUGAGGUUAAUUUGGUGUACAAAAACGCACAACAUAUAUUUAGCGUUUGUAAAUAAACCAUUGUUAUUAUAAUAUUAAUUUAGCAAUAAUGUAGUUCAAUAGCAGAAAAUGUUAUUACUCCGAAAUUCAUCUCGCUGUGCUUUCUUAUGUAGGCCCUACAUUUUGUAACAGAAUUUGCCUAAAACAGAUUUGUAACUGAAGCGGAAAGAGGAUAGCGGCAAGAGCCUCUCUCACUGUUUUGUUCACUGUUUUACCUAGUUACAUUGCCUCAUUUUGUUUUUUAUGAUAAUGGAUACAUGAAAGCUUUCAUUUAAUAUACAAUUCAAUAAAAACAAUAUAUUUUUUAACCUUUCAAAGAGCAAUACGCUUUGAGAAAAAAGUACCCUAUAUAUUUUUUUAUUUUAAUGGAUUUUACUGAAUAAAUAAUUUUAAGUACCAUCCUUUCCCUUCUUUCAUUUGACCCCGUUAAAUGAAUAUAAAACUUCACAAUUUUAUUAAGAUAUAUUUCUAUUCAGCUAUGCAAUAAAAAUAUUUUUUUUUUUUUUGAGAAUAUAGUAAAUUUUCUGCCUCACACUCAGAAGUUCAAAGCUAUUCUCCAUCGUACCCUCCAGCAUAGAGUUCAAAGCAAAAGGCAGCAAAAUAGGACAAAAAGGCAUGACGAAAUGUUGGUGUUUUUUUAAAUGCAAGGCUUUUGGCCAAGUUUCGUCAUACAAAGCCGUCGUUCGUUUCCGCAACGCGCUUAGGGCGCCACUAACCGACAAAACCUAGCUUUCCCCUUCUCACUUCCCCUCCCCCACAGGCGAAGCAGACAAAAGACGAAAUGAGUGGAGAGCUGCUACUGGCCAAUUGUAUUGAAUGUGUGUGCUUUUAUCAAAGGGUAUGGUAUAUUCUAUGCAACUGGCAUUGUGGCGACUUUGCCUGCUGAGUCCGCCAUCUUGUUUUGUCGUUGCACCCUCUACAACGGAGCCCUAGCGCGGUGGCGUCUUCGAAGAGUAUUACCAGUGGUGACUCCUGCCGGAUGGAGGCACCCCCAGCCAACCUUACAAGCCGACGCUAAGCAAGAAGGCAAUUGAGUCAACAGAAUAAGCACAACAGUCGACUAGAGCAGAGAAUAAGGAGGAUUAACUUAGAUUGUGCUAGUGUAUGCGUCUGUUGCGUUUCUGUGGAGACGACGUGGAUAUUCGAACGUAUCAAAUCCGAACCGAAGACGACGAGUUUGUUGCGUUUGUCUGCGAUUGUGGUGACACACAAUGUUGAGUGCACGCAGGUGCCAUAAUCUCGUUGAAAGACAAAAACAAGUAGCAAGAAACAGCGAUCCAACGCAUCAGCCAGCGACGAGCAUUUUGAUGAAUUUUAGUCUCACGUCGAAGCAGCGCCACAUAGUACAGAUUGAAGAAAGUGGAGAAAAACUGAUUCCGCGUUCGUUUUUGUCUCAACAACAGCUAGAACCGCUGCUGCAAUCACAUGAUGAUGAUGAUGUUGCACCAGGCCUUGUCCUCGCUACUGAAUCGCAGUCGCUCAGAACUCGUUUGACUUCAGUGCAGAGCGGCUGUCUGUGAGCAACCUGAUAAAUGCUAAACGAUCAUUUGAGCUCCGCAUCUAAGUAUAUAGCUAAAGAGCAGAAUGUGGAGGCGGCGACAGUUGAUAGUCUGCGGUAGAACAGCUGUGCUUUGCGGCGCCAACUAGCAGAGAGCAAAGGUUUUGCGAACGCUCUUGUUUGUGGCGGAUGGGUUGUGUAGGUGCCUUCUUGUUCAACUUAACUACGUUCGUGUUUUGCAAGUGGUUGAUACUGUGGCAGUGUUCGUGUGCUUUUAUGUGUAUAGCAAAGAGAUUACGUUAUAUGUGCACCUUUCUAGUAUUUCACGUCUUCAAUGGAAAAGGAUCUCAACUGGAUGGCAAUACGUGUUUGUUUCGUGGGAUUAUCAUCACCUGGCUGCAUGCAAACCUAUGUGGGCGUAGGAGAAGCAGAUCGUUUUCACUAAGCAACUAGACGUAAGACGUUCUGUUCAUCCAAUUGUGGAGUGUUUGUUGGUGUGACCGAAAAUGGAAGGGCACGACUCGCUUUUACUCGGGUGGUACCCGACGCCAACGACCCCCGCCUACCCCUCGGUUGACCUUCCUCCGGGCCCACAAGCUCCAUCCACAUCUAAUCUCGUCCGCCUACCGCCAGGAGACUAUCCGGAUUUGCGGACGCCGAUAAUUCAGCAACAUGAGCCAGGCGAGACGACCGCGGCUGGCACAACGAGUAACGGGGCCAAUACGACUGCACAAACCGCAGGUCCAACUUCUGGAACCGCAACGGCAGGAGGUGGUGCUGGUCCUGCGACAAUUCAUCUACCUGCAGCUGCAGCCCCAGCUGCCGCUACUGGCGGAGGGGGCCCGGGGGGCGAAGCUGCGAUUGUUGUUAACGUUGCCGGUCGGAUGGGCUCAGCCAGUAGUCAACAGAAUGCCCAACAACAGCAGCAUACGUUACAUCUGUCGGGACAUCAUAUUGUUACUCCAUCUGUAGCUCAACUGCAUGUAACUCAAGCUGGUACAGCCGCAACAAUGGUCAGUGGUACUAGCAGUCAACUGGGAGGACAGACAACCGGAACUGGGGCACAAGUCCUUCAGCAGGUGGUUGCCCAGGCUGCCGGAGGAGGUCACCAACUAGUACAUAUGGUUUUACACCAUCCUGCCGGAACGGGUCAAACAAAUAGCGCUACAGCUGCCGUCAGCAUGGGUGGAACUUUGCAGAUCGGAGGCCUCGCUUCCGUUGGUAGCGGCGUUACCGUUCAGGCACUAACAGCCGGAAUGCCCUCCGGCGGCCUUGGAGGAGGCGGAAUCGUAAAUGUCGGCACCUUGGGCGUCCUAGAGGGAGAAGAAGCCGUUGGAGUUGAGGGUGGACCUCCAUUUCGUUGUGAGGAAUGUGGCCAUGUAGCUAAAACAAAACGGAUGUUGAAGAGACAUUUGGCCACUGUGCACUCGCAAGAAAGGAACUAUCCCUGUCCGUAUUGCGAUGCCAAGUACAAAUCGCGCAGUGGUUUGCGCGUCCAUAGCAUCAAACACAACGUCGGAAAGCACAAAUGCGAUGUAUGCGACAAGUUGUUCCCGUACAAGGGCGCCCUCGAGGAGCACAUGAAAGUUGUGCAUGAAGACUUUCGUUUUCGAUGUACGUGGGAUGGGUGCGAAUUCAGCACGACCAGCAAAUAUUUGCUCAAGGGUCACGUUAGCUACAAUCAUGAAGGUGGUAAAUACGUCGAUAACAAAUUCCGAAAGAAGUGUCGGUUUUGUGAAUAUGUCGGCUACGACAUUCGCGGCCAUGAAAGCGCAAUGCACGGAUUAGAGCCACGCUUCGAAUGCCCCACAUGUGGGAAGAAGUUUCAUUUUGGCAGUAAUUUGCGUCAGCAUAAGAAGGUUCACCUGCCUGUUGACCAAUAUCCAUUUGUGUGCCAUGUUUGCGGCGAUCGAUUUCUUCGGCGACGGCAGCUUGAGGAUCACUAUAUUGGUAAACACACGAAUGAGAAGCCACAUCUCUGCGUCAAAUGCGGAUUCUCUUGCGCGUCACGGCGCACAAUGAGCGACCAUGCGGCCGCUAAUUGCUACGAGAAAGAAGCUGCGAUGAGAUGCAAGUUCUGCGCUUUUGAAACGAAAAUCCCGUUCACGAUGCGUACGCAUAAAGAGGAAUGCCAUCCGAAGCACAUAGUUAAACGCAAAAAGCAGCGCAAAGCGUGGCAGAGCGAUAGCGGUGACGAUGGAGAGGGCGAAGAGGGGCCGGACGAGGAUGAAGAGGAUGUCACAAACGCAGAACAACAAUCCCAGGGGGUACAAAAAGGAGGGAGAAAGAAGUCGUCGAAAGUUUUUUAUAUGCCUUGGUCGGUCAAGCCUGAUCAGGGUAGCUCGGACGCAGAGGUCGGAGACGAAGUUGAAGAGGCACCGACUGCCUUUGUCAAACAGGAACUUUUGGAUGGGGUGGCGCCACAGAGUAGCUCUCCUUUAAAAGUGAUUGCGCCUGCUGUUGAAGAAUCGGCUACAAUAGCAGUUAAAACAGCCGAAGGUUUGGAAACAACAGGUGAAUCAGUGGCACCGACUGUUAAUCCUCCUCGGAAGCGAGGCAGACCUCCAAAAUCGCAGAAUGGAGAGUCGUCACAGCGGAAGUCACAAGCCAGUAAUCGAGCCGUUCCGGCAGCACCCACUGUGCCCUCUCUGAAAGUCACACUGAAGCCGACAUUGAAGCCAGCUAAGUUAACGGUUAAAGUUGCGAAGCGAAAAACAUUGAAAAAACGGGGUUUGAGGAAGCGCAGAAAGAGCAACUCAGAAGAAGACGAACUCAGCGAUGUGGACGACCCAGACGUGUCCGAUCUGGAUGACGACGACGAAGAUGACGAUGAUUUUGAAGAGGCCAGAUUUCUUCGGGAGCUGGAAGCCAACGAUAGCGAUGAGGGAUCGACGAAACGGCGGAGCAGCAGACGGAGAAAAAAGAGCAGUUGGAGGAUAAACAAUUCCGCUAUGUUUGACGACAGUUUCUCCAAAUCACAUAAAAGAAAACACAAAAUGGCUGAUGGAAAUCGUCCCUUAGCUUCACGAGAUUCACGUGUUGCCGACUGUACUAAAAAGGAGCCUCUACUGGCAGGGCAACAGCAGCCUUUAGAAGAGGGUAUGAGCGAAGAAGCUUCGAUUACAACCGACGAUGCCGCUGCUGUGCUAACAAACAUUGCUGUCGAGUCAGCUACAGCGACGUUUGCAGUGCCUGCUCCACCCAAACGGCCGCGCGGUCGACCACCAAAGCGAAAGGCUGCAUUGGCUAGCCUUGAACGCGUCCAAGAGCCACAACAAGAUUUUUUGUUCGAAGAGCGUCUGUUACCUGUGCGGUCAAGUUCUUUGGCUACGAGAAAAGCUUCAUCAAAGAAACACCCCUUACAAUCUGAAGCCAAAAAUACAGUGGCCUCAACAACAGCAACAACGACAGACACAAUCGUAGCAAAGACUAUAGUUGCCGCAUCUAGCUAUGAUCGGGAGGAUAAUGUUUCUAAAACUAGCGAUGAAAUCGAAUCACAUCUGUUACCUAAACAGCAAAAUCAAACUUACGAGAAGGUUGUCAAUGACGACGAUGACGCAAUCGUACAAAUUUCAUUCGGUGAUGAGGACGGUGCGGAAGAAACGCCUUCUGAAGAGAUCACCAUGAUGAACUGUUUUGAGUGUAACAUGUUCUUUAUUGAUGUUGACAAAUUUCGGGAUCAUAUGAAAAAUGAGCAUCAGUUUGAAAUGGUUAUCACUACCGACGUACUCCUGGGUAUUCGCUUAACGAGUGACCAUAGGCCAUUACUCGGGCCAGCAUUCGUUAUUGCGAUUAUAGAGAAAGCCUUCUAUUUGUUCAAAUUAAGCGGACACCUGAACGAGCACCUCGCGGGUAAGCACAACAUCGGCAAAUGUACGUGUGACCAAUGCGGCAAGCUGUUUAGUACGCCAUUCCGACUCAAGCAGCAUACAAUGCUGGCUCAUCAGGACUUCCGAUUCGCUUGCGGCUACGAUGGUUGUGACUACAAGAGUAAAUAUCAGCAACAACUGAACAAGCAUGUCCGAUUAAAGCAUCUCGGAAUGGAUUUAGCAGCGGCUAGCGGCCGACGAAAGUGCACGAUGUGCGACUUUGAGGGCUACUGUCUCGCAGCCCACGUGCGUGCCGUGCACACUAAAGAGAAGCCCUACAAGUGCCAGCACUGCGACCGAACUUUCAGUGAUCGAAAUAACCAGCGGGCUCACGAGCACCGCGUCCACUCCAAAGACCGUCUGCGGCAUAAGUGCAGCUUCUGUGAGCAAAUGUUUUAUACGCCCGGAAGGCUACGCGAACAUAUUGCAGUGCGUCACACUCAUGAGCAUACACACCUGUGUGAGAAUUGUGGCUUCAGUACGGCCGUGGAGAGAACUUAUCUUCGUCAUCGGAAAAGUAAUUGUAAUUUCCAUGAGAUGCCUCUGAAAUGCCCGCGUUGCGAUUUUACAACCCAUAUACCAUUUCUAUUUAAGACUCAUAAAGCAGCUUGCGAGCCAGACGCCGACGAGGGCGAAAGCGGUGAAUGUAGGCUGACAAACAAAGAAAGGAAGCAGCGCUUAAGAGGUGGUGCACGGUUACGAAAGGUCAAACUGAAAGUGGAGGAACAGGAUAUGCCAUGGGAGAACGAAUUUCGAAGUCCCGAAAAAUCGAGUGUUAUCAAGCCAGUAAGCGUAAGAAUAGCUUUGCCGGCUAAGAAGCGAGGCACAAAAGGCGUUCUCGUGAAAGAUCAGAGGAUGCACUGGACAAGCAGCGAGGACGAAAACGAAGAAGAUAAAAUCGUUCAGACGGAACCGAACUUAGACGUUCGACAAAUCGGAAAGAAACCAAGACCGGAAACCAAGCUUGGAAAUGGCCAGAGACAGACAAGGGCCAAUUCUGACUCUACUAUGGAGCAGAAAACUAAAAUAGAACUGAAUCAACAAAUGAGUGAGAAGGUAAAUUCACCGAAGAAACAGCACCGGCAGUCAAAAGUGGUAAAGAAAUUAGAAGAGACCUUGUUUCGCACGGCGCGGAAACACAGUAAAGACGCUGUGCAGUCGAGAACAUCGUUCUUACCAAAAAGAAGGAGUGCGCGCAUUAAACCGCCAAAGACUGAUAAAACGAGCCAUGCUGUUGACUCCGACUCUGAUUACACGCCAAGAAACCAGGCACAAAUAUCUAAAUUUCCAAUAAAAAGAAGACAACAGACAAUACGUAGGAUGGCGAAGUGCGAACGAUUAGACGAACUGCCGGCCGAUUGCUUCACCGAGAAUUGCCCAUCUUCGAAGCCAGGCAACGCGGCCUGCACCGAGGUCGCGCCCGUAAACGCCAAUCGUCCUUCAGCUAGCCAAAAGGAUACUGAACGAUUAAAAGAUAACAAAGACAAAAUAUUUGCUCAUAACGAUGAUGAUGACUGUUAUAAUAAAGGGACAGUAGAAGAAUCCCCGCAGAUAUAUUUUGAAAUCAAAGCAGAGCAGGGAUGCCUAUCGGAACAACCCGACAUAACUUGUAGGUCUUACAGCGGUGAUACUAAUUCGACAGCGAAUGGCGAGCAAAACGUCGAAGAGGACGAAGUAACCAUUGAAACAAACAAUGAAGACGCGAAUAAGCCCGAGGCGGAUGAAGUAGAAAUGUUUGCCUGUCCACAAUGUGAUACGUUCUUCGUGAGUCAGGUGAAGUUUACGUCCCAUAUCGUCGAAACACAUGUAAACAAAGUGAAGAUACGGGUCGGCUCUAAGGAGUGGAAAAAAGCUUACAAAUGAACAUUACAAUGUAGUUGAAGUAUGUUAUUAUUAAAAAUUAUACUCGCAUUUUUUUGUUUACUAAAAGUAAACGGUUUGUUAUUGAUUGCACAUUACCACGUAGUUGUUUUUACUAAAAAUUUGACUUUAUGUAGGUUGUCCUAUUACCGACUUGCGCAAACGACAGCUGUCAAUCAGUAAGUUUUAAAGCUUGCCCUGUAUUAUUUCUUAAGUAUUGUCUUUACGUGAAUGUGUGAUUGGUUUUGUGUUUUUCUUGUACUACACUGUGUGGUCAUUUUUCAUGUUUGGCAGUUUAGGACUAUAAUAGUUAUAUCUUCACAAGUAUUUUCUUUUGCCUACAAUUAAUAGUGCGAAAAGCCAAGGUUGACUCAAUUAUUGAUGACUGAUGCCUGGUGUGAUCAAGUCGUAUUGGUGAUUUUGUCGUGAUAAUAAAACUCGAAUUUAUAACAACGAUACCUAUACACAAAUAAGCUCUUUUUGUAGGUCAAAGUACGUUCAGCAUGUGCGCAGCAAGAAUGAGCGGCAUAUAGAUUUCACCAUAUGUUUGGUUGGUUGAUCAGUUAAAUUUAAUUUUAAUGCGCCGUUAUGACCUAUUAGAAGGUGAACUCAAGUUCAGUCUUUAUAAAAUGUUGUUCAGAAGUGACUGCUGCAAUCUAUCAUUUUUAUUUUGGUGAAUAGAAUAUAAGCUAAUGUGAGUCAGUUCCUUAGAGCUG